AUGAUCAAUGUGACCAUCGAAUUACCUGAAUCAGUUAACAUUUUUCAACGAUAUUUACUGGGCGACUCAUUGAAGAAUAGUUUGAGUCGUUUGACAGUCAUUUUAUCAGUGAUUAUUCUCGUUUGGCUUGGAAUGCUUCUGGCUUUGAUUAUUCAUUUAAAAUGCCAACGAUCGAGACAAAGAUUGAAAUCUUCGACGUCACAUCAUUUACAUGAGAAUGACAAAGAGCCAAUGAGAAAAUGUUCGGAACAAUUCGGUCGGAACCGUCGAUUCGAUUCAUCCGUCUCGUCGAUAUCUUCGAUACGUUGCCAUUCGCUUCGACGAAAUUGUUUUCGAUUAAAACGAUUUUGUUUCUUCUGGUCAUCAUCAACGAAUGACAAUGAACAACCAGAUAAACGCUCAUCAAUUUCUGGUAAUCAACGAGAUGCCAUACAAGUAAAUCCAAUUGUAGCACCAAUCAGACUUCAAGUUACGCUUGCAAAUACUGUUAAACGCCCAUCUGCUAAUAUUGGACUGAAACUAUCAUCAUAUCAUGAUAUUAGCAGUUCAAGUGGUAACGAAUUCAAAAAUCUUUGUGCAACUGAAAAUGAACAUGAUAAGCAAAUCAUGUCGGCAAAUGCCACCCAACCGUUUCAACUAACUCAUCUUACAAGGUCAUCUUUUCCUGAUGCUAUGACUCAAGCAAAUUUGAUUUGUCCAUCAGCUGAACGUUUACAAAAGUUACACGAAUUCAACACCAAAGCCACACUUCUCUUUCAUCCCAUAACUCGUCGCUUGUCGAAUGCAAAUACGAACAACUGUCUUCCACCGUUGAAUACUAUUCAAAACCAACAACGAAAAUCCCUUCUCGCCGUCUCGUCUACACGAGAAUUAACAUCAACCAACCAAUGGCACUGGAAACACUCAUUAAUCAACAACCCAAUUCAUCAUGAUGAACGUGUAACAUCAAGUGCAAGACAAUUACCCUUGGUAAUGAUUACAGACACGAACUCGUCGAAUACAAAUAUCGUUGAACUCGAAACCUAUGAAGAUAAUCAUCGUUUAAUGACUGAGUUAGACAAACGUUUAGCUCGACAAUUAAGAUCGUCCUAUCGACCACGACAUUCUACAUGA